AUUUAGGAUAAAUGCUUGUCUAAAUCUAGUAAAUAUAUUGCCUUAUAUAUGCAUCCUUUCUCUUCUUUCAAACCAAAAUCCUCAUAACCUAUUCAACUAUUUUUUAUUUCCCUUUACAUGCGCCUUGUACAGUGGUGGAACUUGGAAUUACAGUUAAAAAGCUAGUAUGGCCAAGGCAUGGAUCGCUCUAGUGGGGCUAUUAUUUAUAUGUUGCUGGUCAUCUACAAUGGGAGCUGAAGAACAUGUUCUAUACAAAGAUCCAACGAAGCCAGUUGAUAAAAGGGUUAAGGAUUUGCUAAAAAGAAUGACACUUGAAGAGAAGAUUGGACAAAUGGUCCAACUUGAAAGAACUAACAUGACUGCUGAAAUCAUGAGAAAAUACUACAUUGGGAGCUUGUUGAGUGGAGGAGGGAGUGUGCCAGCUGAUAGGGCUUCUCCAAAACAAUGGGUUGAUAUGGUGAAUACGUUCCAAAAAGGGUCUCUAUCAACCCGUCUUGGCAUCCCAAUGAUCUAUGGAAUUGAUGCAGUCCACGGCCACAACAAUGUUUACAAAGCAACCAUUUUCCCUCAUAAUGUUGGCCUUGGAGUUACCAGGGAUCCUGCCCUUGUGAAGAAGAUUGGUGCUGCAACCGCGCUUGAAGUUCGAGCAACUGGAAUUCCAUAUGCUUUUGCUCCAUGCAUAGCGGUCUGCAGAGAUCCAAGAUGGGGCAGGUGUUAUGAAAGCUAUAGUGAAGACCACAAGAUUGUCCAAAUGAUGACUGAGAUCAUCCCUGGUUUACAAGGAGAUGUCCCUGCCAAUUUUCAAAGAGGCACCCCUUUUGUUUCUGGAAAAGACAAGGUUGCAGCUUGUGCCAAGCACUUUGUUGGGGAUGGUGGCACUGUCAAGGGCAUUAAUGAAAACAAUACCAUAGUUACCCAUAACGAACUCUACAGCAUCCACAUGCCUGCCUAUUUGAAUUCACUUGAUAAGGGUGUUGCAACAGUCAUGGUAUCCUAUUCGAGUAUCAACGGCUUAAAGAUGCAUGCUAACCGUGGAUUGGUUACCGGUUUUCUCAAGAGGAAACUCAAGUUCAGGGGUUUUGUCAUCUCAGACUGGGAAGGAAUCGACAGGAUUACCUAUCCACCUCAUAAGAACUACAGUUACUCUAUUCUAAAGUCGGUUAACGCUGGCGUCGACAUGGUUAUGGUUCCUUACAACUACACAGAGUUUAUUAAUGGUUUGACCGAUUUGGUUUACAAGAAGGCCAUUCGCAUUCAACGCAUAGAUGAUGCAGUUAGGAGAAUCUUGAGGGUCAAGUUCGCAAUGGGUCUGUUUGAAAAUCCACUUGCCGAUUACAGUUUCGUUGACAAGCUUGGAAGCAAGGAACAUAGAGAACUAGCCAGGGAAGCUGUGAGGAAAUCCCUUGUGCUGUUGAAAAAUGGAAAAUCUGCUAAAAGCCCUGUGGUGCCUCUUCCUAAGAAAGCAAGCAAGAUCCUUGUUGCUGGAACUCAUGCUGACAAUCUCGGCAAUCAAUGUGGUGGCUGGACAAUAAAAUGGCAGGGACAAGAGGGAAAUAACCUGACUGCUGGCACCACCAUCCUUAAAGGCAUCCAAGCUGCCGUUGAUCCAAGCACUAAAGUAGUCUUCAAAGAGAAUCCUAACGCUAAAUACGUGAAGUCCCAGGGCUUCUCCCAUGCCAUUGUUGUUGUGGGCGAGCCUCCAUAUGCAGAGACAGCAGGCGACAAUCUGAACCUGACGCUCCCAAAUCCUGGUCCGAAGAUAAUAAACAACGUCUGCGGGGCUGUCAAAUGUGUUGUAGUCAUCGUCUCCGGCAGACCACUAGUGAUUGAAUCGUAUGUUCCAAAGAUUGACGCUCUUGUGGCAGCAUGGCUUCCAGGAAGUGAAGGCCAAGGUGUUGCUGAUGUUCUAUUCGGCGACUAUGGAUUCACUGGCAAGUUGGCUAGAACUUGGUUCAAGAGGGUCGAUCAGCUUCCAAUGAAUGUUGGUGACAAGCACUAUGAUCCACUCUUCCCAUUUGGUUUUGGCCUUGAGACUAAGCCUUCAAACUAGAUUCUUUCCUCAAUCUUCUCCAUACAAGCUUUUAUGAGACCAUCAUUCCUUGCAAAAUAAAUCAUAGCAGUUGAUCCCAUUGGCAUCUGUCUCUGAAGACAUUAUUUUUUUUUUUAAAAAAAGAAGAAAUUUGGUUAACACUUGUAUGGUCAGAUCAUGACUCUCCAUAACGAUCAAUACUGGAUUAUGGAUUAGAAUAACCUUACUCUCUUUUUUUUACCAUUAAAAUUGUGGAACCAUUUAAUUUCUAGCUAAAUAAGUUUUAUUUAACUAUACCAAUGUUUUAUAUGGUCUAUAAGUUCGAAUGUGCAACAAUAUCUCUGAAAGAGUCCAGUUACAUUA